ACAGGUUGUCCGUCAAUUAUUACUCCAUUGAAAGACAUCACCACAUCAGACAGAACUAGCGUAACAUUAGAAUGUUACAUCACUGGUAUUCCUACGCCAGAAAUAGUCUGGUAUCUUAACAACAACCCUAUAACUGACCUGUCUAUCUAUGCUGUAUCGUACGACAGUGAAACUGGACGGGCUGCGUUAGUCAUUGAGGAUGUUACUGAAAGGUUAGAAGGUGUAUUUCGAUGUUUUUUAAAGAAUGACGUCGGUGAGGCAGAAACCAGAUGUAUACUUUCUGUUAAAAACACUCCCAAGCAUGUUCCUUCAUUCACUGAACCUUUGCAUGAUGUCAAAGUUUCUGAAGGUCAUUCAGUGACCUUGACCUGUCGUGUUGCAGACGCUGAAUCUGUCGUCUGGCAGAAAGAUGGCGUUGUUCAGAAGAGCACAGAAGAUUUUAAGCAGAGUUUUGAUGGUGAAGAAGCAAAAUUGGAACUGGAUGAAGUUUUUCUGGAUGAUUUUGGAAUUUAUUCCUGCAUUGCUAGGAAUGAUCUUGGAGAAGAAAGUAGUUCCUGUAAACUUAAAGUGACAGGUGAGUUUGAGAUUUCUAUUUUGUUCAGGCAUACAUGUCUAAUCUACCGAUGUUGUCAAGUUUCUAUUGCUUUUGCAUGUUGUCCACCGCUCUACCGACGGAAGACUCAAUUCUACCGAUUUUUUGUAUUUUUCCAAUGUCCAAAUUCUCUACCAUAA